AUGGACCCCAAGGACCGUAAGAAGAUCCAAUUCUCGGUGCCCGCGCCCCCCAGCCAGCUCGAUCCCCGCCAGGUGGAGAUGAUCCGGCGCAGGAGACCAACCCCUGCCAUGCUGUUCCGCCUCUCAGAGCACUCCUCCCCAGAAGAGGAGGCCUCCCCUCAUCAGAGAGCAUCGGGAGAGGGACACCACGUCAAGUCGAAAAGACCCAACCCCUGUGCCUAUACACCUCCCUCUCUGAAAGCUGUGCAGCGCAUCGCUGAGUCCCACCUGCAGACCAUCAGCAAUCAGGCCUCGGAAGAGGAGGAUGAGCUGGGGGAGCUUCGGGAACUAGGUUACCCAAGAGAGGAGGAUGAGGAUGAGGACGAGGAUGAGGAAGAAGAGGAAGAAGAAGACAGCCAGGCUGAAGUCCUGAAGGGCAUCAGGGGGUCUGCUGGACAGAAGAUAACCUAUGGCCAAGGCUUGGAGGGGCCCUGGGAGCGCCCACCCCCUCUGGAUGAGCCCCAGAGAGAUGAAAGCUCUGAGGACACAGCAGCACUAAGUGAGUGUGGGGAGGAGCCUCAGCGCCCUGGCCCCACUGAGCCUGGCACAUAAGUUCCC